UGUUCUGAAAAUUGUGUUUUGGCCCCUUAAUUCUUCCUCUUUUUCAUCUCGCUCUCGCCUUUUUUGCCCUUUCCACUUCCUCCUCUGGUCGAUCUCUCUCUCUCCGCGAAAGCACAACUGAAGUUUAUCUCCUGGGCUGUACCACCGAACUUUCCACCGACAAGGAGGCAAAUUUCUCCGGCGAAACUUUUUGGAGCUAGGAGAAGUCUUGUAGAGAUCAUUUUGAGGUCAUUUUGAGGCAUUCUACGUAUGUGAUAAGGAUUGUGGAUAGGAGAUUUUACUGAGGAUGGAAUCGCACAAAACUCAACCCGAGAAGCAGUCAUCUGCUGCAACAAAGCCACCUGUCUCUUCAUGUCGAAAGAAGAAGAGCGAGGAGGCCACUUUCUUGGAGGAUGUCAAGGAUCACAUCGAUGAGUUCAUACAUGCAUCCAUGGAUGAGCAUAAAACUUGCUUCAAGAAGACCAUCCAAAAGAUGUUUGGAAUGUCAAAAAUUGUUGCUGAAAGGAGUUCUGAAGCUGAGGGAGUUGAAAGUUCUCUGCCCCUUAAAACAACAGUUGGAAACUAGGAUCUCUUCCUAUGACAGUCAAGUCUAGAAGUUUAGGGACAUGUCUUGCCUUUGUUGUCAUAUGAAUACAUUUUCGUACUGGACAUGAAAGUUUUAGUGCAUCAAUUUCAGUUGGACUAGCUUAGCUGAGUAGGGGAUUUUGAACGGAGCAUUCCUUUGUGUUCCGAUAGGAAUUUUUUCCCGUCAGACACAAAAAGUGGGCCCACUCGUGGGUCCAUAUGGAUCCCACCAUGUGGAGCCUACUCUGUGUUUGAGCCCACUCUGUGUUUGAUGGGGAUUAGUCCCCAUCAAAAGGCAAAGGGGUUUCCUUUUAAACGAGUAUUAAGCUGUUUUGCAAGUUGCUUCCACACGAAGUGGCUUCACUGUUUAUAGGUGUAAAUAGAUAGUGAAUUUCAGUUUUAACCGUUGACUUUGAGUCUCAAACUGGUUUAGCUGCGGAAUCUCUUGUUGAAUGCCAUGACCAGUGCAAUAUAAAUGGGUCAAGAAAUUGCAUUUG